GUCCGUCACCUUGGUUACAGCUGUCAAACUAUACAUCGUGACAGCGCCUUUUUGUUAGACGUUGUUAGACGUCUUAAACCGCUCACGUAAGACACUUUUGGUGCUUUCGCGCACUUCGGUACUGUUGUUGGAAGCUUAACUUGUAGCUUUACUUUGUGGCAACAUGACGGAAGUAAAAAGCGAUAAAUGCUGCGAAGUGGAUACGGCGUAUCUCUUAAAUCCGCCGCAGUCCAGAAAGAGAUCGGUGUCCGAACGCGAUUUCGCUCGCAGCGCCACACACUCGUCCACCUCGGGGAAUCCGGAGCUGAGAGCCCUUCUGGAUGACAGCGACCCCCUGGUUCUCACCCAGAAAGCCCUCCGCAAAACGGCCCGCGUGGAAGUGUCCCGGCAGCAGGAGCACAGCAGCGAGGGCGACUCGAGCAGCAGCAGAGAGCUCCUCCACCUGCUCACGUUCCCCAACAAGCUGUGGAGGAUCGUCAACUGCGACCUCUUCGAGUCGCUGAGGUGGGACGACAGUGGCGUCUACCUGGUCAUCGAUGUCGAGAUGUUUCAGAAGGAGUUCCUCGACAGAAAGGAACAGCCUCGCAUCUUCGAGGCCAACUGCAUGAAGAGCUUCGUUCGUCAGCUCAACCUUUAUGGCUUCAGGAAGGUGAACUUCGCGCAGGAAAGAGGAUUGCUGUUCUUCUACAACCACAAUUUCCAGAGAGGUGGUGAGCACCUCCUGCAGUACAUGAUGAGGCGGGUGGGGAUUAAAGCUGCCAAGAAGGACGGCAGAGGUGGAAAGCCGGGCGCCACCGUGAAGACCGGUGGCAAGCGAAAGGGCAGGAUGUUCUGUGGGGAAACGGAUCAAGCAUCUCAGUCACACGGCGGGGUGAAGCCCGAAGUGUCAUCCACCUGGCGCUGUCCCUCGCCCAAAUCAGAAGACAUGGGUUCCCCCUGGAUGAAUCAGAACCAAGAUGAACAGAGCGAAGGCUUGAGCACCGAGGCAGACCCUGGUAACUUCUCUUCGCAUCACUUGGCCUGUGUCACCGACCUGUCCAGGUCUCUCCUGCAGGUAAUUUUUGCCUUAACUGAGGCCACCAGCCACGAGUCUCAAGACCCUGCUGUUGUCAGCGACGGGGCCCAGUUCCAAGCCAUGGUGACUGCUUGGAUGUCCCUUUGUAGCACCUGUUUUUCCCUUCCCUUGAUCACUGCCUUGUUUUUAAAGCGAAACACUGCACAUCUUGCAUCGCAGGCUAACACAGACUGCUUCCAGAAUUCAGAGGCCACUGGCUCUGCUACACAGCCUUGAAGAGAACGCUGUUUCUCUCUUUUUCUCAAAUUUUUUCUAUUUCUCUCCACCCACAGGCAGUAUUAACUCUAAAUAAAGCUAC